CUGGGAGCUCUUCCUUGGUCUGAAAAGCAUGAGAUCAGGGUUACUUGGACAACACUUGCUGCAGCAAGCUUACCAGGCCUGGAAGCAGGGAUGGAGAUGUGUAACUGAGCCUCUUGCCCUGGCAGCACAAGGUAGCCUUUGUGGUCCAUUGGGCACUCUGACAUAGUGCUACAAAUCCAGGGACUGGGUGUGCAGCCCGUCCUGUGGAGCCACGAACGCUCAUGCUCAUGUAGAGCAAGCCCUGUCCACAGUGUGGGAGCUGAACCAUCUCCUACCAACACAUACUGGCCUUGGUUUUUUGCCCUCCUUGCCUGCAGUGCCUUGGAUCAGGGUCAGGAAAAGUUGCCCUGAGUGUUCUGCAAAUGGAGUAGAGACCGUUUUUGCUGCCGGUACUGGGUUUCCUCUCCAGCAGCAUUUGCAUUACUUGCUCUAAUUAAACUGCUGUUUAGCCACCUGGGACUUAUCCCAGUUACUUUGUUGUGGUUUUGCUGUCUCACUAGCUUCUGUAAACCCUCUGAAAAGUGAGCAUAACAUUGCUGGCUCUUUGUUUAUACUUAUUCCAUUCACUGUCUCCAGUGAGCUCUCUGGUUAAAUUUCCUACGUUAUAAUUCGGAGUAAUUUUUUUCAUUUUGAGCUAAGAUUGCAAUUUGCCUGUUCAGAUGCUGUUUUCAUGGUGUCAGGAGUUUCAUUGCACCAAGUGCUGCGUAAACCCAGAUCCUCUCUUUUUUCAGUUUUCCUUAGCACUUGAUAGAAAUUGCAGGGGAAUGGAGUUCUCUUCCGACAAGACUGGAAGGCGAAGAGCUCUUAUCCAAGAAGUCCUACAGUAAAAAAGUAGAAGAACGCAACAGUUGCUUGGCUGUGUAGUGUGUGUAUAGGAAUUUUGGAUUAUGGGUGGCAAUAUGGACACAUCCAAAUCUUUGAGCCAGCUGUCUUGGAAUAAGCAUAGCGUUUUGGGACAACUGUAGCACAUUUAAGGUGAUGAACUUGAACCACAGCAAAGAGACUAGAUCAUGUUGUUUAAAGAAUCACAUGAUUGUUCUUGAACAGAGCAUGUGGGGUGCAGUCAGGCUGUGAGUUGGUAGGUUAGAGCUUGAACUUCAAGGAAUGUUAGAUUAGUUGGGCAGGGGAAGGUUUAAGAGAAAGAUUCAAUCCCUCUAUCAGUUCAAGGCUUUGCAUUGGAAUAGCCAAGUUCAAUUUGCUUACCCAUAGGGUGAAAGAGGUCAGGCAGCUGGCUGUAAAAUCUGGGUGGUGCCUUCUUUAAAGCCUGCUGUUCCUGAGAGACCCUGUGGAGAAAAAGGUUGCUAAGUGUAUAUAGCUUAUAUGUGGUUGAUCUUUGUAGUUUGGAAGCAUACACAAGGAAAGGCUGGAUGCAGUUCGACAUUUAAGCCCAAAAUGCCCCUGGGAGAUGCACCUUCCUCCUCGCUUGCCCCCAGAGAUUCUCAGAGUUUCUGGACAGUUGCCAGAAUGAAGAUGUAUGUCUUGGGAAGUGAUACCUGGGUUUGUACUUUGGCUUUUGCACUGUUAGUUGAGUAGUUGCUCGUCCUUUGCUUCACUACUUUUAAAAGGCAGUUGAGAGAGGCCAGGCUCUUUGCCUUGCUUGUCAGGUAGCUGUGUCUGAGGCCAGCAGUGCCUGCCUGGACCAUCCCACAUGGCAAGAAGAGCAGGAAUCCCAAGAGAAGGUUUUCUAGCCAAGUUGUUUGUUCUCUCUGGAUGUGGUGAUCCUGCAUCCUGCAAGACCCUUUCAUCUGCUGUUCAGAUAGACAACUGGUGCUGUCCAUGACCAUAUUCACCAGGAAAGCUGCAUUUGAUUGAAGGCAUGAGGUCAGGAAGCUCCAUAUUUGUCCUUCUGGCUUUUCACUUUGCAUGGCUCUUGUUUGGCAAGAACUGGGGAGGAGAGCGACUGUGGGAGUGACCAGGGUCCACAAGUGACCCUGAGCCAGUUGCAUUUGUCUGGGGGAGGGAAGUUGCCAGUGUAUUAGUACCAGUAUUACUUGUAUUUCUGUAGUUAUGCUUGGCUAGGCAGCCCUCAGCAUAGGUACCAGUUUGAGCAACAGAGCACAGCUCGUUGCCUCACAUUCAUUAAUGACUGCAAGCUACUUCAGUAACAGAAGCCUUACAAGGUCUGCAAGCAGAGGGAUUUGAUUCUAGGUUCAGCUUGGCCACCUCUAGAGUUGUUGUACUGAGGACCUGAAGGGGUUUCCAGUAUAAUCUCAUGGUGACAAGGCUGGGUUACUUUUCUAGCACAGAGAACACUAUGACAUUAAAGAUCCAUGCCCCUUCUUUGAAGAUGAGUGCUCACCAGGAUGCACACAACUGCAUACCCGAGCUGGACAGUGAAACAGCCAUGUUCUCAGUCUACGAUGGACAUGGAGGAGAAGAAGUUGCCCUGUACUGUGCCAAGUAUCUUCCUGAGAUAAUCAAAGACCAGAAGGCCUAUAAGGAAGGCAAAUUGCAAAAGGCCCUGGAAGAUGCUUUCUUAGCCAUAGAUGCCAAGCUUACCACUGAGGAGGUGAUUAAAGAGCUCUCUCAAAUGGCUGGGCGACCUCAAGAUGAUGAAGACGAGAAGGAGAAGGUUGCUGAUGAAGAUGAUGUGGAUAAUGAGGAAGCUGCUCUUCUGCAUGAAGAAGCCACAAUGACCAUUGAGGAGCUUCUCACACGUUAUGGACAAAACUGCACCAAGAACCUCAAAAACAAGUCUUUAGCUCCAGCUGGGGAGAACGCUGCAGAGGGGACAGGCAAGCAGCAUGAUGGGGAGUCAAAUAUGAAUGGAGAGGCUGACCCAGGGGAGCUUACCGACCACAAGGAGAGGAAGAAUGGGAAGCCAGAUGAAGAAAUCACGGGUAUUUCCUCCACCUCAGACAAAGCCAGCGCUGGAGGCAACAGCCCUGCUCUGCAGAAGCCUGAAGUAGGCAAAGGUGACGAGGCCGUCACCUCUUCUACUGGGGAGGCCGGGCCCUCCUGCUCCUCUACGGGAAAGCCCCAGCGCACAACCAAAUCCAAAUUUUUUGAGGACAGUGAGGAUGAGUCAGAUGAGGUUGAGGAAGAGGAGGAAGACAGUGAGGAAUGCAGUGAAGAUGAGGACGGUUACAGCAGUGAAGAGGCAGAGAAUGAAGAUGAUGAAGAUGACACUGAAGAAGCAGAGGAGGAUGAGGAUGAAGAGGAAGAAAUGUUGUUACCAGGCAUGGAGGGGAAAGAGGAGCCUGGCUCUGACAGUGGAACAACUGCUGUUGUGGCACUUAUCCGGGGCAAGCAGCUGAUCGUGGCUAAUGCUGGAGACUCUCGCUGCGUGGUGUCAGAAGGUGGCAAAGCUGUCGACAUGUCGUAUGACCACAAGCCAGAGGAUGAGGUGGAGCUGGCCAGGAUAAAGAAUGCUGGUGGCAAGGUCACCAUGGAUGGAAGAGUGAAUGGCGGUCUCAAUCUCUCCAGAGCAAUCGGUGAUCACUUCUACAAGCGGAACAAGAAUCUGCCUCCAGAAGAACAGAUGAUCUCUGCUUUGCCUGACAUCAAAGUGCUGACAAUAAAUGACGACCAUGACUUCAUGGUCAUUGCAUGUGAUGGAAUCUGGAAUGUGAUGAGCAGCCAGGAAGUGGUGGAUUUCAUCCAGUCCAAGAUCACCCAAAAGGAUGAGAAUGGAGUCCUGAGGCCGCUCUCCUCCAUCGUAGAAGAGCUGCUGGAUCAGUGUUUGGCUCCAGACACCUCAGGGGAUGGCACCGGCUGCGAUAACAUGACCUGCAUCAUUAUCAGUUUCAAACCCCGUAAUGCACAUCCACCUGCUGAGAGCGGGAAGCGGAAACUGGAGGACAUGGCAGCACCAGCAGAAGAGAAUGGCGGCGAUAACAACAAGAAGGCCAAGCUGGAAUAGCAGGCCUCGCACAGGGACUUUGCUGUGCGCUCACCAGACUCUCGUUUCUUAAACAUGCUGAGUGCAAGACUCCAAAGUCUUGUCCUUUUUUUAGCCUUAGCAGAGGCCUUGUUUGUCCAUGUCCAGGGUGGGGGGUGGGUCUGGUUAGCAAAGGCAUGUCGCACUGUUCAUCUGUAACCAUUCCAAAGAGGGAGCUGAGGACACAGUUGCGCGCGGGAGCAGCCACCAGCCACAGCGCAGGAGCCCGCUGCAGCCUGUGAGCACGGAGCCCUGUGGUUAGGAGAAGGAUGUCCCCCCAUUGUCUCCAUGUGGUUGUUGCCAUUUCUGUGCCUGUGAAUUUCUGUUCAGAGGGAAGAACUUUUUCACUGUUGAGGUUUUUUUAAUCUGCACCCGAUUAUUUAAGGCCCUUUCUGUUUUUAUUUGUGAAACAAUCUGGCUGUGGUGCUGCUGCCACACCGCGUUCUGUUGUACACUUUCAAUCAAUACUUUUUUCAAACUAAAAGCCCAAAAAACAUA